GGGGGACCAUAGAACGCCGGUAUAAAUACAAAACCGCGCAUCUCUCGCGCAUAUCUUACUUCCUCUCAUCAAGACGCUUUGAGUCGCAUUUGAGAGUAAAAGUAAACCUUUUUUUUUUCUUCCAUUCUUCUAUUGAGUCAACAAAUUACUAAUCAAAAUGCGUGAAUGUAUCUCCAUACACGUUGGCCAGGCUGGUGUACAAAUGGGCAAUGCCUGUUGGGAACUUUAUUGCUUGGAACAUGGAAUUCAGCCAGAUGGUCAGAUGCCUUCAGACAAAACAAUUGGUGGGGGUGAUGACUCUUUCAACACAUUUUUCAGUGAAACUGGAUCUGGGAAACAUGUGCCUCGAGCUAUCUUCGUUGAUCUAGAGCCCACUGUUGUUGAUGAAGUUAGGACAGGCAUUUACAGACAACUUUUCCACCCUGAACAACUUAUCACCGGUAAAGAAGAUGCUGCAAAUAACUACGCUAGAGGUCAUUACACUGUAGGCAAAGAACUGAUUGACCUUGUCUUAGAUCGUAUUCGUAAAUUGGCUGACCAAUGUACAGGACUUCAAGGAUUCCUCAUUUUCCACAGUUUUGGUGGUGGCACUGGAUCUGGAUUUACAUCAUUACUUAUGGAAAGACUCUCAGUAGACUACGGCAAGAAAUCUAAGCUUGAAUUUUCUGUGUACCCUGCUCCACAGGUAUCCACAGCUGUUGUUGAACCUUACAACUCCAUUCUGACAACCCACACAACACUGGAACACUCUGACUGUGCAUUUAUGGUUGACAAUGAAGCUAUUUAUGACAUUUGUCGCAGAAACCUUGACAUUGAGCGCCCUUCUUACACCAACCUCAACCGUCUCAUUGGUCAGAUUGUCUCCUCUAUUACUGCCUCUUUGAGGUUUGAUGGUGCUCUGAAUGUAGAUCUGACUGAAUUCCAAACUAACUUGGUGCCCUAUCCUCGUAUCCACUUCCCUCUUGCCACCUAUGCCCCAGUUAUUUCUUCUGAAAAGGCUUACCAUGAACAACUGUCUGUUGCUGAAAUCACUAACGCUUGCUUUGAGCCAGCCAAUCAGAUGGUGAAAUGUGACCCUCGCCAUGGCAAGUACAUGGCCUGCUGUAUGUUGUAUAGAGGUGACGUUGUCCCCAAAGAUGUCAAUGCUGCCAUUGCUACAAUUAAGACCAAGAGAACCAUCCAGUUUGUGGACUGGUGUCCAACUGGCUUUAAGGUUGGUAUCAAUUAUCAGCCACCAACUGUGGUACCAGGCGGUGAUCUGGCUAAGGUUCAACGUGCUGUCUGUAUGCUGAGCAACACAACUGCUAUUGCAGAGGCCUGGGCUAGACUUGACCACAAAUUUGAUCUUAUGUAUGCCAAGAGAGCUUUUGUUCAUUGGUAUGUUGGUGAAGGCAUGGAGGAAGGUGAGUUCUCUGAGGCUCGUGAAGAUCUGGCUGCCCUUGAGAAAGAUUAUGAGGAAGUUGGAGUUGACUCAGUAGAAGCAGAGGGGGGAGAAGAAGGAGAAGAAUACUAAAGCAUCCGUUGUCUCCCCUCUUCCAUGACCAGUUCUUGUAGUAUUUAUGCUGGACCAGUUAUUGAUUCGAAAAACAUUUCUUUGUAUUUGAAUUUUUGUUUGGGAUCCAAGUUUGUUACACAAGUUCUUGAAAUUUGCAUUCCACAUUUCAUUUCAAAAGUUUUUUAUAAGAGCUGCAAAGGAUUGUGGGGAAAUAAAAUGUGAAAACUGA